AUGGACGAGAUAACGAACCCUAAUGAUAUUUUACUGCCCCAUGAAGGCACUGGGCUAACGCCGGUUGGGAUUUCCGUUGGGCCAGAGGCAUACCCCAUCAACGAUGUGCUGCAUACGUCGCACUUGAAGGGCGCUGCCGACGUGGAAGACCCGUUGAUUGAGGAUAUCGUGAACCCAUCUUUGGACCCGGAAGGGUCUUCCUCAGAGCCGUCUAAUGAGGUUGUGACUCCCCUGAUGCAUCCCUCGUUCAAUAUAGACCAUAACAUGCACAGGCCAUCUCCAGUUACUGGUGUUUACGGACUGGCAAACACACCUGGUAACCAGGAUUACAAGAGCACUACUACGGAGUCGUCAAGAAGGGAGAGUUUUCUGAACGACGCAGACAACCAACAGAACCAACACACACAGCCUGGCAAUCGUGGUCAGAAGUACUAUAACGGAUACAGCCAAACGCACCACCAGCCUGUUGUAUCGUUGAACAAAAGAAAGCUGCUUGCAAAACCUCACGGUGUGGACAAGCCGCACAGCAAGAAAAAGAUGAGCACUACUCGGGCUAGACCAGCAUUUGUGAAUAAGUUGUGGAGCAUGGUGAAUGACAGCACCAAUGAGAAGUUUAUCCAUUGGUCGGACAGCGGUGAGUCUAUUGUGGUUCCUAACAGAGAAAGGUUUGUGCAAGAAGUGCUCCCCAAGUACUUCAAGCACUCCAACUUCGCCAGUUUUGUGCGUCAGUUGAACAUGUACGGCUGGCACAAAGUCCAGGAUGUCAAGAGUGGCAGCAUGCUAAGCAACAACGACAGCAGGUGGGAGUUUGAGAAUGAGAACUUCAAGAAGGGCAAAGAGAAUUUGCUCGAGAAUAUCGUUAGACAAAAGCCAAACUCAAAUAUGGUUGGAGGCGGAAACGACGAAGUGGACAUUAACAUCUUGAUGAAUGAGUUGGAGACGGUAAAGUACAACCAACUGGCUAUUGCGGAGGAUUUACAAAGAAUCACUAAGGAUAAUGAGAUGUUAUGGAAGGAAAACAUGAUGGCCAGAGAAAGACACCAGUCACAGCAGCAAGUGUUGGAGAAAAUCUUAAGAUUUUUAUCCAGUGUGUUUGGGCCAAACUCUGCAAAGACGAUUGGAAACGGUUUCCAACCAGAUCUUAUUCACGAGUUAGGUGACAUGCAAGUACAAUCUCCUAACAACAACACCGCUAACAUGAACCCAGGUUCUUACCAUAACGAGGAAGAUCCUAUGGCCAACGUGUUUGGACCGCUCACUCCUUCUGAUCAGAUGAAGAUACCCCAGAACCAAGACCACAAGGUUAGGCCAAGGCUUCUAAUCAAAAAUCGUUCCGGAUCAAGUUCGUCAUCUUCCAUUCCAAGUGAAAGAGCAUCAUCAUAUCAUAGAAUGGUCAGUACUCCAGUUGCAGUGGAUCAACUGCACCAGCAGCAUACCCAACAACAGCAACAACAACAACAACCUCACAUUCAACAACGUAAGCAACGUCAGGCACAGCCACAAUUCCCUUAUGUGAUUCAAAACUCAAACGGAAACUCAAACGGAAACGGAAACGGAAGCGCAAAUCCAGCAAUCAACAACAUUGGUGGUGGGAACGGCACCCAGGUUGGGGUCCAAACUUUCCAACCGCAGCAUUCGAUACAUUCAAGCAACGGAGACAUUCAAGAACUUACGCCAAGCAUCAUCAGCUCUGACUCUCCAGACCCUUCAUUUUUCCAAGACCUGCAGAAUAACAUCGAUAGGCAAGAGGAGUCUAUACAGGAGAUCCAAGACUGGAUCACAAAACUCAGUCCAGGUGAGGAUGGAAACACCCCAAUAUUCCCUGAUCUCAACAUGGCUUCUCAGUUCACCACUUCUCACGGCAACCAGGGCCAAAUUCCAUCGCAAACUCCAGAUUUCAACAACUCACACAUAGAGGAACUACAACAACCUCGAUUAAACGAGCCGGACAUUCCCUCAGAAGAGUUCAAUCCACAGAGGAAGAGAAGAAAGGCUACCUGA